UCGGCGUUGAAAAAAAAUUCUAGCUUGGGAACAAGUAAAUUGCCAAGAUUUAGCUGACAUCUUCUGGACAUUUUUAAAAACUUGAUGAAAAAUAAACAAUUUAUUUUCAAUCUUUCAAACGUCCCGAUAAUAAUAAGAAUGGAUAAAAAAUAUAAUCAAGUUGAAAAUAAUGAACCUGCACCAGCUAUUCCUUGUAUAAUACGGCAAUCCUGUAUGAUGACACAAAAUGUUUUAAAGAUCAUGUUGGAUUAUGGGAAAUCGAAUAGUCAAAAUCUACCAGAAUUAUUUGUGGAAAUAAAGAGAGUUCGGUUGUAUCGUAAAAGGUAUUUUUGUAUUGUAUCAGAUGGCAGUAAAAAACUUAUAAAAUGUAUGUUUUCAAAAACGUUAACUGAUAAAGCUGGCAAAAUAGAAUUAUUAGAAGGGAUGAAUAUCAAAAUAACUGAUUAUUAUGUCCAUAGAUUUGAUCUUUCUCAACUUAAAAAUGAUCCCACAGGAAAAUUCGUUGAUUUAAUAGGAAUAACUAACAUAGCAUUUAUUAAAGUUGACCCAAAUUACAGACCUUCAAUGAGUGAUACUGAGAAAAUAGCUCCAGUCAAUCCAGUUACAACUCCGAUUGAUGCUAAUAAAAUAAUUCCAGUUGAUGCUGGUAAAAUAACUCCAGUCAAUCCUAUUAAGAUACCUCCAAUUGUUGCUGAUAAAGUAGUUCCAGUUACUGGAGUUAAACCAGUUCCAGUUAAUGCAGUUAAAACAGCUUCAGUUAAUGCAGUUAAAACAGCUCCAGUUGCUCCUGAUAAAGUAACUUCAGUUAAUACUGGAGUUAGAAAACCUCAAGUUAAUGAAUUUAAAAUAUGUAAUUUAACAACCACUUUAAGGAGUUCAUUAAUCAAAGGGAAAAUUAGAACAUUCCCUAGAUCAUUUAGACCAUUUAUCGAAGCAUAUUUUUUAAUUACUGAUAGCACUGGAGGUAUACUAUGUUGGCUUUAUUUUCCUAUGAGUGAUAAGCUGAGAAGAUUUAUCAAGGAUGGAUUUACGAUAGAAGUAAAGGAUGGUAUAGUAAAAAAAAAUAUAAAAAUAAUGAGAGAUAUUCCUCAAUGUGAACUCGAAGUAAAUAUCAAUUCAACAUCGACAAUAAAUAUUUACAAUAAUGACAAGGAGUGUAUUUUAAGUUACAAAAACCCGCCGAAACUAUUAUUAGAUUCUGAUCCUUAUAUUGACAUUCCUACCGCUAGAUAUCCGCUUCUGCAAACUAUACGUAAAAGACAUCCGGCGAUCAAACUUGAACUCAUCGCCGUGUUAGUCGACCAAUCAGUUGUACAAACAAAAUAUACAGAUUCUUUUAGACAUAUAGUUAUUCAAGAUGAGUCGAUAAGGAUGCAAAUAACAUUAUGGAAAGAAUUAGCUGAAAAGUUUAGUAUUCCAAAUGGAGAAAUCAUUAUGGCGGAAGAUUUUUUUACGACUAUGCACGGUAACAUUGUUGGGUUAUCAUCGCGAGCUAAUUCUAAGAUAAUUAUUGCUACAAAUUGUGCUGAUAAAACUAGGAUAAAAAAAUGGUACAAAAAUUGUCUAAAAUCAGCUGUAACAUCAACGUAAAUAAAUUUAAAAUAAAUAAUUUUUACAUCAAACUGACAAUAGAAAAAAUUUGUACACUUAACUCAUUUCAAAUCUCCCGCCAAAACG